CUCCAACGCCUUUCAAGCCAGGACCAGACGUUUCGCCACCGAAAGCAAACGCACCUGCAGAUGUCUCGAAAGGCUUCAAAUCUAUUAUAUAAGCCUUCCAUGCCACCAAAGGCAGUCUGCCGAUUUCGACGACGACUGCAUGCCACUCCCGCACCUACGUCUGUUCGCGAUUCUCCUUCUGCUACUUCUUGAUCUACUUUCUCGACGCCUAUACCCCGUCGCAUCCCAACAUGCCUCCUCGCGGUCAUCCUAGAGGCAAACGCCGACAUACGACCACUGCAUCCCGUUCGGCGCCGCCACUCUUCGAGCCGGAGAUGGCAGGAUAUGUGACGGCUACGGGGGCGAUGAAGCGCAUGCCGACAUCCGGUCCUGGGCGUCCACCUAGCAACAAACGACAAGCUUUAUCCUCAGCGCAGGAGGGGAGUAUGCCUCGUGCAAAAUGCAUCAUGGUAGAGACUCCAGGGGAGGGGAUCACGACUGGAAGCGGUCCGUUUGCGCGACAGGCGCAUCAGAGUCUGGCGAGCACCCAGGGACCGCCUCCUGUGGGUCAGUACACUCAGCCUCGCUCAGUGGACCAGAAGACACUUUCCGCCCUCGCUAAGCUGUUGCCGCACCCAAAAUGGUUGCUGGCGGCAGAGGCGAAGCCGAUAUCACGCGACGUAGAGCGAAUCGUUGAAAAGAUACUCUCUUCGGGAUCGUCUUCGAGUCAGCAGCCUCGGGGUGGAUUGCCUUCGCAAGCGCUGAUUGAACCCAAGCGCGAGGACUUCAAGCAUUUGUUUCCGCUGGUGGCGAAGAAUCCGGCGCUUGUAAAGUUGCUGCAGAAAGUUAUCGAGGAGGCGGACGCUCAGCUGGCUGCGCUCGCAUGCCGAAAGAACGAACAGCCUUGACGAAGGCCUUUUUUAGUUUCAGGAUUGUGUGGAAUCUACGAUCCCAAUGCUUGUGGCAGUAAGAUAGAGGGGGAGCACGAAGUAGAAGAAGCGUCAGGACAGUAGCGUUUAGGAACCAAUGCAAUUUGGGCUCAGCUUGCAUAUUACGACGCGACGAUUGGACUGCUAUAACG